AUCAUUAACUGAAGACAGAAUCAACAGCUAUGCAGAAUUCUCAUAUGGAUGAGUACAGAAAUCCGAGUAAUGGCAGCACAGGCAGCAGUUCAGAGGUAGUGGUAGAACAGUCUGCUGAUUUCAGUACUGAGAUUAUGAAUGUUACGGAAAUGGAACAGUCACCUGAUGGAUCUCCUAAUGUGAACGCAACCACAGAAGAAAAUGAAAUAGCAAAUGCAGUGGACCUUCCAUUGACAGAAACGGAAGCAAAUUUCCCUCCAGAAUAUGAAAAAUUUUGGAAAACUGUAGAAAAUAAUCCUCAGGAUUUUACAGGCUGGGUAUAUUUGCUUCAGUAUGUAGAACAGGAGAAUCACUUGAUGGCUGCCAGGAAAGCAUUUGACAAAUUUUUCAUACACUAUCCGUAUUGCUAUGGUUACUGGAAAAAGUAUGCAGACCUUGAAAAGCGACAUGACAACAUUAAACAAUCAGAUGAGGUGCGUUAAACCUCUACAGUUUGUCAAGCUUUGCAGUGCAAGCCUCUGUAUUACACUGCAGCUUAACAAGUAGGGCAGGGCUUUUCUCUCACUUACAUUUAUUUCUCAUUUUCCAAACAAUAUAGUUGGUUUGCUAGUCACAUUUGCUACGUCUUAUUGCAUUUUUGGUCAGACGCUGUCAUUGAUGCUCUAAUGGGUCUGUGCCCUAUGGUCUGUAACCCAAAGCCUGCCCACACAACCCGGUCAGAAUGCAGGGACUGCUGCGCUUUGAAGAUCAAGACUCUGCACGUGGGGAUCAGAACAUUGCCAUGUUCUAUCCAACCUCCACCCAAAUGGUGUAUCGGCGGGGGCUUCAGGCAAUACCUCUUAGUGUUGACCUCUGGAUACAUUAUAUAAACUUCUUAAAGGAAACAUUGGACCCUGGUGAUCCUGAGACAAACAGUACAAUAAGAGGAACUUUUGAGCAUGCUGUUCUAGCUGCAGGAACAGAUUUCCGAUCUGACAGACUGUGGGAGAUGUAUAUAAAUUGGGAAAAUGAACAGGGAAACCUGAGAGAAGUUACAGCUAUAUAUGAUCGUAUUCUCGGUAUUCCAACACAGCUGUAUAGUCAUCAUUUUCAGAGAUUUAAAGAACAUGUACAGAAUAACUUGCCUAGAGAUCUUCUAACUGGAGAACAGUUUAUUCAGCUGCGAAGGGAAUUAGCUUCUGUAAAUGGACAUAGUGGAGAUGAUGGCCCUCCUGGUGAUGAUCUGCCAUCGGGAAUUGAAGAUAUAACUGAUCCAGCAAAGCUAAUUACUGAAAUAGAAAACAUGAGACAUAGAAUCAUUGAAAUCCAUCAAGAAAUGUUUAAUUAUAAUGAGCAUGAAGUUAGUAAAAGGUGGACAUUUGAAGAAGGUAUUAAAAGACCUUAUUUUCAUGUGAAACCAUUGGAAAAGGCACAAUUAAAAAACUGGAAAGAAUACUUAGAAUUUGAAAUUGAAAAUGGGACUCACGAACGAGUUGUGGUUCUCUUUGAAAGAUGUGUCAUAUCAUGUGCCCUCUAUGAGGAGUUUUGGAUUAAGUAUGCCAAGUACAUGGAAAACCAUAGCACUGAAGGAGUGAGGCAUGUCUUCAGCAGAGCUUGCACUAUCCAUCUCCCAAAGAAACCCAUGGUGCAUAUGCUUUGGGCAGCUUUUGAGGAACAGCAGGGUAACAUUAACGAAGCCAGGAAUAUCUUGCGAACAUUUGAAGAAUGUGUUCUAGGAUUGGCAAUGGUUCGGUUGAGAAGAGUAAGUUUAGAACGACGGCAUGGAAAUAUGGAAGAAGCUGAACAUUUGCUUCAGGAUGCCAUUAAGAAUGCCAAAUCAAAUAACGAAUCAUCGUUUUAUGCUAUCAAACUAGCCCGACAUCUUUUCAAAAUACAAAAAAACCUUCCCAAAUCAAGAAAGGUGCUUUUGGAAGCAAUUGAACGAGACAAAGAGAACACAAAGUUAUACCUCAAUUUACUUGAAAUGGAAUAUAGUGGUGACCUCAAACAAAAUGAAGAAAAUAUCCUAAACUGUUUUGACAAAGCUGUACAUGGCUCCUUACCUAUUAAAAUGAGAAUUACAUUUUCUCAGAGAAAAGUGGAAUUUCUUGAAGAUUUUGGUUCAGAUAUUAAUAAGCUUCUGAAUGCUUAUGAUGAACAUCAAACACUCCUAAAAGAACAGGAUUCUUUAAAAAGGAAAGCAGAAAAUGGAUCAGAAGAACCAGAGGAAAAGAAAGCACAUACAGAAGAUACAACUUCGUCAUCUACACAGAUGAUUGAUGGUGAUUUACAGGCAAAUCAAGCUGCAUAUAAUUAUAGUGCCUGGUAUCAAUACAAUUAUCAGAAUCCUUGGAAUUAUGGACAGUAUUAUCCUCCCCCUCCAACCUGAUGGGAAAAUGUAAAUAUCGGAUGGAGUGUGUGAAAAGUAUGAAAUUAUUUUUUUUUAAUGAGGGAUGUAAACAUGGCAUAAGCUUGUUGCAUUUGAUAACUUGUCUUCCCUGUUUCUGUGUACAUGAUUUGUUUAGUAAUAGAAAAUGUCAUUUAGUAGCUUACCACAGAUACUAUUUCCUACCAUUUAUAAAAUUUACUUUUUAUUGGAGAACUAUUUUUUUGAUUUUUGCAUUAAGUGGUCUAGAAUUCUUUUUGCAAUGCAUUUCCAACAGUUUUGUAGCCUUAAGGGGUAGGAAAAAAAACUGACUGCAAUCAUGUCACUGUAGUACAAGAUGCUGAAAAAACAUAAGGGCUGGUUAUUAAGGAUUUACCUCCUCUGUAAAACAAAACAAAAUGGAUUUUUAACCUUUGCUGACGAGGUUUUGUCUGUGUGUUUCAAUUAUCCUUGUGAAUUUGGAUCUAACUGCAGAAAAGGUAUACUAUUAAAAUACCGUGUCUUGGAGUAGAGAUUGUAAAUGAGAAAAUGGAAUGUCUGCAUCCCUUUAAAAAAUGAAAAUCAUAUCAAAAGUAUGUUAUUUCAGGAGACUUUGUAUUUAGAAUAUUCAUGUAAAACUUGUGAGCAAGCUUUCAUUUUGAUCAAACUGAUCAUCUUCAUUUUUGUAAUAAAACUGAAGACUCA